ACUGUAUAGGGGCAAUACCACAGCAUUCACUGCAAUAUCUACCAUAUCAGUCAUUUUGGCAGCUGGAAGCUACAUAAUAUACUAGGUUGUCCCACACCACCAAUAUAGUAAAUCAUGAAGUGGGUUUUAAUCCCUCUGAAAGUUGAUGCUUUAAAUCGAACGAAAAGAGCAGAUCUCACCCUUUUCAUCUUAUCAUCUUCCUGUUCCGCAAGCUUAUUUUCCUCCCAUAUUCUGUUUGCUUCUAUCCCUAUUCAUUCUCUCUCUUUCUCUCUCUACCGCCCUUGGGCCAGCAGCACUAAAAAUAAUUGAAAUAGUGAUACACUCUCAAGUGUUCCUAAUGAGAGAGGCGAAGCUGCGUAAAUAUGCCUUUGUCUCCAUUUCAUCAGUGGGUCCUGGAAAACCUUGUCUGUUUGAAUGGACAGGGGAAUAAGAUAGCUAUAAUGAUAGAGUAACAAUGGUAAUGAUAGGAGUCAAUGCAGUGAAUGGCACUGCUUCUCUGUCCUGCAGCAAGGGAUACUGUGACUGUGGAUUCCGGAAUGAUGGUGUUCUAUGUCAAAACGAACAUCAAAAUUGAUGAGAGGCUGUUGUGUCAAAGGGGGCAUCGCACAUACAUGUACAUCGCACAUACAAUCUAUCCUAUAUUAUACCCCAUUGAGAAGACUAAAGUAGAUUUAUGGUCAAACAGAGCCUUGACAUUUAACUAAUCAGUAAGAGCUUAAUAAAGCGUGUCUGUGUUGCUUCUAAAUGCUCAUCUGGUGAUUAAGAAAUAAUUGCAAUGAACUAUCUGCCUUAUAAUGAGUUGGAGGUGGGAUGUAUGAAGGAGGAAAUGACUGUGCUUUGCGGUGCAUUACGGGGCGGGCAGCAUUAGGUGAACUACCCAGGAAUAACUGGGAGUGUGGUUAUGGUUCUGGCAGAUCCCAACCUGCACUGGGGAUGACAGAGACAGACACCCCGAGGGUCAGACUGUGUCAGUUGGGCUGUUUCUAAAAACAGACACCCCCUCCUCCUUUAUUCUCCACAGCAGAUGCUAAGUCCUGUCUGUCUUCAGAGGAAGGCAAUUACUUGAGUCAGAGAGAAAGGCACUCCUCGCUCUAAUAAACCAGCAUCAAAUCACCCACUGAGUGACAGACUGUCACUGACUCACGUGUGGAUCGAGAACAGGAAAGGAGGACAGGAGAGAGGACGGAGGGAAGGAGGGAGAGAGGGAAAAGGGUGAAAGGUUUACAGAGAAAGAAAAAGGUUAAUUAUUGAGAGAGACACCAUCUCUUAUACUUUCAAAGCUGCUUUGACAUUGAGCGGUCAUACAGAACACUCUUCAUCCCAUUCUUGCCUCUUCCUUUACCUCUCUCCCUGCCUGUCAACCUGUAUCCCUCUGCUCUGUCUCUCUCUCGCUCUGCCUGACUGUUAGUGUGCCUCCCUGCCUCUUCACCAUGGCUUCUCAGCCUCUUACGUAAGGCUGACCUGGUAAAAUUCCACAGCUCACUCACUGACUCGCUCGCUCCCCGCUCCCCCAUUUCCCUGUGGCGACAACAAUUUGGUACUGUUCAGAACCAGCCGCCCACUUGUGGGAUGUUUUUCCAGCUGUUCACAACAGGGCUACCUCAGUUUGGGGCUACUGGACUAUGCAUAGUCACUUCAUCUCUACCUACAUGUACAAAUUACCUCAACUAACUAACAUGUACCCCCGCACACUGACUCGGUACCGGUACCCCCUGUAUAUAGCCUCGUUAUUGUGUUACUUUUUAUUAUUUUUUACUUUAGUUUAUUUGGUAAAUAUUUUCUUAACUCUCCUUGAACUGCACUGUUGGUUAAGGGCUUGUAAGUAAGCAUUUCCCGGUAAGGUCUACACUUGUUGUAUUCGGUGCAUGUGACAAAUACAAUUGGAUUUGAUUUGAUUUAUAUGAGGUCUGGAUGGAUGAGGAAGUUUCUAGGAGGGAAAAGGGAAGAGACAAAGACAUGCCAAUAAUGAUCACUGAGAAUGACAUCCAUUUGACCAUAGAGUAACUUCUGCUGUAUAGUAGUUCUGCUCCUCUCUGACCUUCUCCACUUAUGAGAAAGAUCAUUUUCAUGUCAAAACAAAGUCGACAGCAAAUGUAAAUGUCCUAUCGAAAAACACAUGUUCUGUUUGAUGUAAUGAAGAACAGGUGCAAACAGGUCUACUGUCCUGGGUGUUAUUGUGCAAGGAGUCUGUUAGCGAGUGUGUUGCAUCAUGCAGGUCACAGGAAUUAGCUAGCUACAGUAAAAGGAACACUAGUUUUGCUAAUGUCCCCAAAGUUUGCACAGCUGCUGAUAACAUCAGCCAACAUGCAGUAUCAACACUCAGGCAUUCAACUCAAUCAAUCAUUGCUCCCUCUGUGACCUCUCAACCCACUCACUCUUUCACUCUCUCCUUUCCACCAUCUUUUACACUCUCUCCUUUCUUUCAUCCUCACAUACACUGUCAUACAUUCAAAACCCACUCAUCCAGCUUUACACUUUGUCACAUGCCUCUUCCCCAGGCAUUCACUCUGUCACUGAUAUCUCUUUAGACACUCACACUUCCUUUCUUACCAUUGCAGAGUGCACAGCUCCUCUCAUGCUACAGCAUCCUCUCCCAGCCUCUCAUACCCACAAGGGUCAAUAAACUCACUCACCCUCUUCUCUAGUGUGUUAGACUACAAGGUGAAGAAGCCACUGGCAGAGAUGGAGUCACACACACAUAUCCCUGGUUUGUACUGCAAACCCUUUUGUGAAUUAAGUGCCAAGGGCAACCUCUCCCUGACCUGCAACCUGCUGGUUAGACACUCUGUAGUGCAAAGAGGAUUGGUCCUAAGUCGUGGACAUAAUGCAACAACAUCCGAUAAAGUGGAUUCUAAGGAUAUGGUUCAUUGGCAUUCACUGUUGUUUACUCUUACUUUUCUCAUUUGCUGGUUUGGUAAGUUAUUACAACAGUCAACUCUGAUAUGGAGGUUACAGCUCAGCAUCAGGUUAAAACAUCAACCUGUCCCGGUAUAUUUCUAACUCUAUGCCAUAGUCUGUGCAAGGGUAUGCAUUCAUGUGGAACUAACUUACAACUAUAGUUAGCUUCAUUCAUUUACAUAUAACAUAUUCGUAUACUGCAGCUGUAUGAUAUAUGAUAAAUAUACAAACUCCAAAACUCCAACACACACACACACACACACACACACCCACAUACUUUGAAGUCCGGAAUAACAGGUUGGACCACUGAAAAGGAGGCGGGCAGGAAGCUACGAUAAAUUGUGUGCUUAACCCUUGGAGGCAAUCUAAAAGGCACAGUGCGUAAGCCUUAGAGGCAAGGAAGUCAUUUUAAGCUGUUUUGUCAAGGACAGACUGGUCUAUACUGAUGGGCUGGUUUGAUUUACUGUUGUUGAUGUAGUCAUUAAUGUGAACAGUGUGUUGUGAACUGCAUGGUGUACUCUACAGCACAGCUGGGUUGGUGCUGCUUGGCCUCCCUGCUUUGGCACAGCAGGAUCCCCACUUUCCCACACUUUCACUAUGCAGUGUCAGGCACUGGAGCUGAUCAAGACAGAUGGCCUCAUGUUCAGCAGCACAUUUUAGUAUUCCACUUCCUGGCUGGGCUGGGCCGGGCCGGCUGUCUUCUGCUCUGCCUGCUCUACUAUGGCUGGUUAAUAAUUUGUCAGGUCCUGUGGGGUACGAGGCCAGCAUGUCGACAACAGGCCCACUGUUCCUCUGGCCAACGAUGGAGAUUAGAGCGAGGCUGAUCCAGCCAUUCUGCGGCCAGGGGGGAAGGUGGGGAUGAGUGAAGGGGGUGGGCACUAAGCCUGUUUCCCUCUCAGCUCACAGAGGACUGAAUGGAGCGGUCAGAGAGUUUUGCAACAGUCUCAGCCUUCGCAAAGCAGUAGUUCCAUAGUUUCUGUAGGCCAGCUAUGUAAACACUGCUUUGAACACACACACACACACACACACACACACACACACACACACACACACACACACACACACACACACACACACACACACACACACACACACACACACACACACACACACACACACACACACACACACACAAUAAUCUUAACUGGUGUCCGCAUAAGAAAAAUUAAUAAUAAUCCUCAUCAAAAUCAUCAGUUUAAGCUAGAGAUAUAUUUUUUCAUGGGCUGCAUCUCAAUCCACCACAUCCUCUGAUGUCGGCAUUCCACAUCAGCGGGGGAAAGUGGCAGAGCUACAGAGAUGUUUGUCUGAUCUGGACACAUCCCGAGAAUCGGUCUCCUCACGAAAACGUCUGUAGGGUCCGAACAGUUUGGGCUUCACACUUUUAUGACCCCACCAUCGAAAGGUGAGACUCUCAUGAACAAGUACAUGUCGGUUGUUUCACCCACAAGUCUCACAAGACUCGUCUGUAAAUAGCCCGGUACCAGUUUAAAAAAUGAAUGGCAGUAUAUAUGGAAGUACAAAAAAGUGACAAAAGGGUAUAAAUAUACAUGUAUCUUAUACAUGUAUCUCUCAGAUACAGGACAGACACUUUUAAUUUAUUUUUGGAUUAUCUGUUCUGACAUCUAUGAAUAUGUUAUUCAAUGAGCUUUUAUGGGCUAAUAGCAUUAUGGCCAAAUUCAAUAUUUAAUCAAAUAAUGUUUUUUUUAUAUACUUACAGAAGUCCUAAAUUUUUUAUCAAAUAGCUAAAUGAUCCUAAUGACCUUCUUAAAACAAUUCCAUAUGUUAGCUUAUUAGAAACCCAGCCCUGGGCCCUUAGACAUGUAAGUGAAAACACACAAAAUCAAUUACUGAUUAGAGUGUACCCAUUCCUCUAUGUUUAUGUUCAAUGCAAAUGUAAUCUCUGCUGCAUCUGUAAAACAUGUCUGCAAUUAACCAAUAGCUCCAAUCCUAUUAUGCAGGUCAUAACGUUGACCAAAGGAAAACAACAGACUAAUCAAACAUGUUGUUUUCGUUUGCAGGACCAUUAUGUUUGUUCAGAGGAAAGACAACCAUUGGUUCCCAGUAGGCAGGUACACUCACCUCUGUUAUCAACUGUCCAAACAGCCUGCAUGUGUACACACUACCCACACAGACAGAAACCCUGGAAUCCCCUCAACCUCCACCUCCACCACAGGAACUCAGAUUCUCUCCCCACAUCAGGGCUCUGACCCCCACGAAUAAGAUAAAUAUCAUACCUUUGUGAAAAAGAAUGUCCACAUUAAAACUUAUUACAGGAAAUCUCCCCAUGUAAAGAGUUCUUAGUGUUUCUUGUGGUGUUUCAGUGUGUUAUAAACCCACACCUGACACCUAGUGGUGAAACUGUAUGCUGCAUUCAAAUAUAUAGAUCUGUCUUUCUUCUGACAGAGUUGCAUGCUUCCUUUCAAAAACAAGAUGUUUAUCUGAGUCUACUGCCCGCACAACGUCUUUCUGCAAUACAGGAACAAUGUGCACAGAUGCACACACAUAAAACUCACCUCAAAUAUAUGGUAUCUCCUUUUCACUAUAGUUCACUGAAUAUCACAAACUGAUGUUAAAAACCGAAUAGUAUCAUGCCGUAAAAAAUGUAAACUUGGGUGGAAAGUAGACACACUGUACUAAAGUGAAACAUCAAGUGUUUCAUCACAAACAUUGGUGUGUGUUUAUCUGCUCACGUCAAGAUCUCUGACAAGAUAAAGGAAAGUCCACAGUACCUGAUUUAACUAGUAUCCAAACACACACCAACAAUGUAUGUAUUGUCUGUCAGACAUCAUCUGUUACAUAAUUAAAGAGCUGUGAAUAAGUGCACAUAAGUAUAGCCUUAAUAUAUACAGUAAAGGGUGUAGUUAUCACACUGAUCAUGAUAGUUAGUCAAACAAAUUCAAAGGAUGGUGUUUUAAAGGGGCAAUCAGCAGUUGAAAAAAUAACAAAAUCAUCAACUCCGCCACUGUUUCAGUAAAAAGCUGAGGGAUGUGGCUGGAUAAAUGUAACCACUCUCAAAUUCAUAGACAGAGCUGUGUUUGCAAGGACCGACCAUCCAUGAUAUCAAAAUCAUAGUUCUAACCAUGUUUUGAAGCUAUUCAGUGUUUAUUUACAUUUACUUUGUUUACAAACAUUGGAGUAAAACAAGCUUAUAUUUUGGGUUCUGAAGGGGGACGACAGUUCAAAUAAGAUCAUGAGGCAUUUAUAAGUUAUAUUCUUCAAGAAUCAAUGGGUACAUAACAUGAAUUCAUAAAUCAAAAGAUUAUUGUAGCAACUACAGAUUGCCCCUUUAAGUUUAAAAGGUGUUUAUUGUUUAAUGCAAAAUACCUGGAAGAGCCUGGAAAUGUGAUGUUCUGCCUAGAUGAAAAUGGACAAAUAAAAUGACAUGCAAAGGUGAAUGCAAAACAUUGGUAAAAAUAGUAUCCAGGGCUUAAUAGAAAUACAGUAUGCAAAAAUCCUAGAGAAAGCAAAUGUAUCUAUCACAUUCAACUCCAACUUCAAUUCAACCUUAAGACUAUAAUGGUAGAAGUAGAUAUAUUAUGCUAAUAUUGAUUUUGGUAAAUGUUGAACAGCUUUUGCUAACAGAGUGGUAUCGGCAGCAGAAAAGGACAGGAGAGAGACAAAUAGAUUCCAUGGGGACUCAAACACACAAAAGGCCACCAGUGAGGUUCUACUGUCUUAUAAAAAACUAUGCAAAUCAGGUAUGUGGUAUUAAAGUGCUGAUAUCUUCUAACCCCCAACAACACACUACACUGACGAGGCCUGAUCAGCCAACCACAAGCAAAUAUCAAUAAAAUGCUCUGGAAGUGUGGGACAAUAACCUGUCACCUGGUGAUUUUCAUAUGUUGGUGUCUCAUUUCAAACAUCUUCAUGUCCACCACUAAUGUAAAUGUAAAUGCACCUCCGGCAUCAUGUUGACAGCAACAGCACACCUAUGGUGAGACCUCCCACUGGGCAAAAACUGGUUGAAUCAACAUUGUUUGCACGUCAUUAUUAUUAUUUCUUGAAUACGAUGAUGUUGAAUCAACAUGGAAAAGUGAUUGGAAUUACAAAAAGUCAACAACGUCAAGACAGUUUGUCUUUUUUUUACCCAACUUUUCAAAUCAAAUCAAAUUGCAUUAGUCACAUGCGCCGAAUACAACAGGUGUAGAUUUUACAGUGAAAUGCUUACUUACGAGCCCCUAACCAACAGUGAAGUUUAAAAAAAUACGGAUACAAAUAAGGGAUAAAAGUAACAAGUAAUUAAAGAGCAGCAGUAAAAAAUAACAGUAUAUACAGGGGGGGGGGGGGUACCGGUACAGAGUCAAUGUGCGGGGGCACCGGUUAGUUGAGGUAGUAUGUACAUGUAGGUUGAGUUAAUUAAAGUGACUAUGCAUAGAUGACAACAGAGAGUGGCAGUGGUGUGGAGAGGGGAGGGGGGCAAUGUGAAUAGUCUGGGUAGCCAUUUGACUAGAUGUUCAAGAGUCUUAUUGCUUGGGGGUAGGAGCUGUUUAGAAGCUUCUUGGACCUAGACUUGGCGCUCUGGUACCGCUUGCCGUGCGGUAGCAGAGAGAACAGUCUAUGAGUAGGGUGGCUGGAGUCUUGGACAAUUUUUAGGGCCUUCCUCUGACACCGCCUGGUAUAGAGGUCCUGGAUGGCAGGAAGCUUGGCCCCAGUGAUGUACUGGGCCGUUCGCACUACCCUCUGUAGUGCCUUGCGGUCAGAGGCCGAACAGUUGCCAUACCAGGCAGUGAUGCAACUAGUCAGAAUGGUCUCGAUGGUGCAGCUGUAGAACCUUUUGAGGAUCUGAGGACCCAUGCCAAAUCUUUUCAGUCUCCUGAGGGAGAAUAGGUUUUGUUGUGCCCGCUUAACGACUGUCAUGGUGUGCUUGGACCAUGUUAGUUUGUUGGUGACGUGGACACCAAGGAACUUUAAGCUCUCAACCUGCUCCACUACAGCCCCGUCGAUGAGAAUGGGGGCAUGCUCGGUCCUCCUUCUCCUGUAGUCCACAAUCAUCUCCAUUGUCUUGAUCACGUUGAGGGAGAGGUUGUUGUCCUGGCACCACAUGGCCAGGUCUCUGACCUCCUCCCUAUAGGCUGUCUCGUUGUUGUCGGUGAUCAGGCCGACCACUGUUGUGUCAUCAGCAAAUUAAGUUUUUAACCCAAAUCCAAUGACAUUGUGAAAUGUUUUGUUGAUUUCACGUUAGUUGACAACUCAGCCAAAUGGAAAUCCAAACUAGACGUUGAACUGACGUCUGUGCCCAGUGGGCCAUAGCCUGCCCCCAGGUAUUCAGUUCACCACUCAUCACAAUACAGGAGACAUAGGAGGUGCAGACAGACUGAGAGAACAGUUCUCCCCGUCAACUUGCUGGGGUGUUAAGGUACCCAUAAUGGACCAUUAUGUUUGUUCAGAACAACCAGUCUUGUACAGUGAGGAAAGACAACCAUUGGUUCCCAGUAGGCAGAUCUAUGAAAUGGAGAUACCAGAGAGACUCAUCAAACACACACAUGGUCACCAGGGAGGUUUUACUGUCUUAUAAAAUUGGUGCAAAUCAGGUAUGUGGUAUCUUCUAACCCCCAACAACGCACUACACUGACGAGGCCUGAUCAGCCAACCACAAGCAAAUAUCAAUAAAAUGCUCUGGAAGUGUGGGACAAUAACCUGUCACCUGGUGAUUUUCAUAUGUUGGUGUCUCAUUUCAAACAUCUUCACAUGCACCAUCAAUUUAAAUGCAAAUAUACCUUCGGAGUCAUGCUGACAGCAACUGCACACCUGUGAUGAGACCUGUAGUCUGGCACAGGACAGCCUGACCCCAGGUAUUCAGUUCACCACUCAUCACAAUACAGGAGACACAGGAGGUGCAGACAGACUGAUAGAACAGUUUUCCCCAUUGACUCGCUGGGCUGUGAAAGUACCCAUACAGCAGCAUGGUAGUGCCAUUGAGACUGCUGGUUCUAUGCUGGCUGUUUGGAGCAGGGUGUAGUCAGAGCUCUCCACCAUGGUUCCAGAACAUCACUACAACUCUGUUCAACUCCUCGGGAGACAUCCUCCUUGGGGGGCUCUUCCCCAUCAAUGAUCUCACCAGUAACUUGAGCCAGAGAGUAGAGCCGGACAGCAUUAGCUGUGACAGUAUUAAUACGUUUGGUUUGGGUAUGGCCCUGGUGAUGAAGUACACAGUGGAUGAGAUCAACGCCAACUCCACCCUACUCCCUGGCAUCAGGCUGGGCUAUGAGAUCUUCGACACCUGCAAGCAGUCUGCCGUCAUCGUGAAGCCCACCCUCUUCUUCCUCACAGAGGGCUCCAGCCGAGAGCUGGCCAUCAUGUGUAACUACACGGACUACGUAACCCGUGUGGUGGCUGUCAUCGGCCCUUCCACCUCAGAGAUGGUCUCUGUCAUAGGAAAACUACUGGGAUUCUUCCUCAUGCCGCAGAUCAGCUACAGUGCCACCAGUGACAAGUUCAGUGACAAGAGUCUGUACCCAUCGUUCCUGCGCACAGUGCCCAGUGACAAGAGGCAGGUGGAGGCCAUGGUGCGUCUGAUGAACAGGUUCCAGUGGAACUGGGUGGCUGUCGUGGGCAGUGAGGAUGAGUAUGGGCGUCAGGGCCAGCGCCAGUUUUCUACCCUGGCAGCAGAGAGCUCCAUCUGUGUGGCGUACGAGGGGUUAAUCCCCAUCUAUAGCGACCCACAGCCUGUGGUCAGAGAGAUGCUGGACCGCAUCACAGAGAGCAAAGUGGGUGUGGUGGUGGUGUUUUCUCUCUCCCAGCCCGCCAGAGCCUUCUUCACUGAGGUGAUCAGGAGGAAUCUGACAGGGGUCUGGGUGGCCAGCGAUGCGUGGGCCCUGAACAGUGACUUGUCAACUCUCCCAAACAUCCACACUGUGGGCACUAUCAUUGCCUUCACAGUCCACAGCCAGACCCUGGGCCUGCUCACACCCUACACCAGGGAACUCUUCUCCAGGAUUAGAGAGGAGAGGGCCAGGCAGCCCUCACCAGGUCCAGAUACAGAGCCAAACCAUAGUAUGAACCCAUGCCCAGACUGCUGGAACCUGUCCCUAGACAACAUAAGUCUAGUGACAAAGCCCAUGCUGCAGAGGUCAGCUUUCAGGGUCUAUGCUGCCAUCUACAGUGUUGCACACGCACUGCACAACAUGCUCAGGUGCAAUGCUAAGAGCUGCCGGAGGGACGCUAAAAGCAAACUCUACCCCUGGCAGCUGUUGGAGGUGCUCAAGGAGGUUAACUUCAGUCUAAAUGGAAGUCAUUUUGAGUUUGACAGUAAUGGAAACCCAAACAUUGGCUACAACAUACUACAGUGGGUCUGGGGAAACAACAAUCUGAGUUUCAAAGAUGUCGGCACCUUCUAUGAGAACCUGUCAAUCAAUAACACUCUCAUCCAAUGGCAUACAGUAUGUGCUAAGGCCCCUGAGUCUACCUGUUCCUCUGAGUGUGGCCCUGGCCAGGUGCGCAGAGUGAAAGGCUUCCAUUCCUGCUGCUUUGACUGUAUUGACUGUUUACCGGGCACCUUCCAGAAUGGCAGAAUGGACAUCCAGUGUACCCAGUGUCUAGAGGGCCAGUGGUCCCUGGUACGUAGCACCAACUGCACCGAGCCUACCUUUGACUUCCUGACCUGGGGCCAGCCUGAGUCCUUGGGGCUGCUGCUGGCCAUGCUGGUGCUGCUGGCCUGUCAGGGGGCUGUGGGGGUCCUGUUCCUGCAGCACCGGGAUUCUCCGCUGGUGAGAGCCUCAGGGGGGCCCCUGGGUGGUGUGUCCCUACUCAGCAUGAUGCUAGGCUGUGCCUGCCUGCUGCUGUUCCUGGUCCAGCCAGGGGACAUGGUGUGUCGUCUGCAGCUUCCCCUCAGCUCCAUCUUCCACACGGUCACCCUGUCCACCAUCCUAGCCUUCUCACUGCAGAUUGUGUAUGUGACUGAGUUCCCUGAGAAGGCUCCGUCUCAUCUGGUUACACUGAGAGGCCCUGGAGGCUGGCUGCUGGUACUGGCCUGCUGUGGUGUGCAGGCAGGGAUCUGUGGCUAUUUUGUUCAGGAGGGGCCCUCUCUAUCCCGGUACCUGGCCAAGAUGAAGGUGACCUUUGUGAGAAAGUUCCUACGAUGCCCUGUGGAGCCCAUCUUAUGUCUGGGCCUGAUGCAGGGCUUCAAUGGCCUCCUCGCCCUCAUAUCCUUCAUGUGCACCUUCAUGGCUGUGAAGCCCAUUCGCCAAUACAACCUGGCCAGAGAUAUCACCUUCUCCACCCUGGCCUACUGCGUGGUUUGGGUGGUCUUCAUCCCCAUCUACACUGGUCUGAAUGACAAGGAACGCUCCAUUGUCCAUGUAUCUGUCAGUUUGCUCAGUAACAUGGGGCUGAUGGCGGCCUACUAUCUGCCAAAAUGUCACCUGCUGCUGAAGAAACCUGAGCUCAACACAGCAGAGCACUUCCGUACCUUCCUCGAGGGAGCUCCAGGAACUCCUCAAGAGGAACAGGACCAGGGACCUGCAGGGGAGGGACAAGUAUCAGGGGAGAGACAGGGACAGUGAAAUGUAUUCUGUUUAAUGUUUCAAUAAUAUAUACAAUUUAAUUUUGUGUGUUAUACAUUUCAUGUGCAUGUAUACUAGUUUGAUUGAGUGAUUUCAGUUAUCUUUGCAGAAAUGGUGAAUAAACGCACUGUAAAGGAGCAAGGCCGUGCACAGACCUUUCAGGGGGUGCUCAAAAUGAAAAAUAAAUAACAUACCAAAUA